UAUCCUCCCCCUCUCGGGCCCCGUUGUCUCGCGCUUUAAUUUCCAGCCUCGACAUUUGCGUAACCCAGUUUCGCCAUUGUUCGAUUCAAUGGUAGAUCGUAACGUCCGCCAUCCGGAUAGAAGAUUAUAAUGCUCGCGUGUACAUGGCACUGCGCAUCGUUGCGCCUCGGCUGUGUGAGUGCGAACGCGCUUCGACGGUGUGCGUGCAACUCUCCGUGUCGCGUCGUGCCGAAAGUGCGCGCGCGAGCGCGAGCUCGUAUUAGUAUGCCGGGGCGAUAAGCGAGCGCGACGAGAGUUCGCGCAACGAAAUUUACGAAUUCCGCCAACUUUCUCCUCUUGUUUCUUAUCUCCGCUCACUCGCUGCUCGCUGCUCAACCUCGGCCCAACCUCACCGUUGCACCAAUUCCCACUGUGCAUCGUGCAUCUUUCUCCUUUUUCCUGCUCGAAACAACGAAAGCAUAACCAGCCUUUACGUCUUACACGAUCUCGUUUGCACACGAGACGACCGACACGCGGUUAUUGGUUCUCGUAGCGAGCCUCCCAAUGUACGCUCGUUCGAUAAUCGACGAUUAUUCCACAUUCCCUUCCGUCGUCGAUCGAUGAAAAAUUGGAGUAAAAAAAAUAAAAGAAAAAGAGAAAGAGGAAGAAAAAGAAAUCGAUCGAUCGAUCGAUCUUUUUACGAAUAUAUCGAAUCGCGUAUUUCGUAUCGCGUCUCGCGUUACUUUCAUCCGUCAAAUAAGCGUUUGAGCAAUAUCGCCACAUAUACAUUCGCGUCCAGCAAAUGUCAUUGUUAGAAGUUGUAGGUAUGGAAAUGUGUACGCGUUACGAAAUAUACCAGGUACUAGGUAUUUGAAGUAGGAAUAACGCUUCGCGUCUAUUUUAUAUAAUUUUCACGGUGUAGAAAGUAAUAGCUUAAAUAUCGCGAUGAACGAUUGCGAUGAUUGUAGCAAAUCGCACCACGUCACAGUAGGAAACGUUCAUAUCCAUACUACUAUUAUUCAUUGCUGAAAGGGUUAAUAAAUGACACGGUCACUUUUACGACGCGAGGAUUAAUUCGCAGGCGAGGUCGCUACGACGAGGUGUAAUACGACGUGUGAAAACCGUGAAUAAGAGUAGAGUAGAGAGAGAGAGAAGGAGGGAGAAAAGAGAGAGAGAAAAAAAAAAGAAAAAAGAAACGUGCAAAUACCGAUACUAUAGAUAAAAAGCUAGUUCUCUUAUCAUCAACUUCGCCGUCAACUUGGCAAAAAGCUUCGUAAACUCGUUCGAUGAUACGUGAAGAUGACACGCGAUACAGAAACGGGAGAGACGACUUCGAAGCGAACAAGAACGCGUCUUUCCUUCGACGCUUCUUUCUCACGGGAAGAGGGAACACAGCAGGGGGGCAGGAAAGCAGGAAAGGAACGGUCCGAUUACUCGAUCGAGGAGAGAUCCACCGCCAAAGCUUGCCGUCGAGGACGCGCUCCGAUUUAUCGACGCACAGCAAGGUAGAACUCGAACCCGGCAGCGGUUACCGACGCGUCGUUGAACGAGCGAUCGAGGAGAGGGCAGCACCUACAAAGGGUACGCGCGCGCGUUCCUGCGAAGCAAAAUCGGCGGGUUUGGAUCGUUCACCACCCCCUCCACCCCGAGGAACAAGUGGGCCAGAGUUUCUGCAUGCAGUGGCACGGGGCCUUGCCCCCACUUACCACGAGUGGCACGAGACCCCGCCCGGCGAGUCUUCAAGGCCUAAAUAGAAAAAGAAAGACGAACACGAUGUAUACUGACGGUCUCCUCACACUCCACUAUGGGAAGCAUCCGGCGACCUUGGCCGCGGAGGUCGGAGCCUGGUACACCGGGGACCGUCACGUGGACGUGACGUUGGCAUGCGACGAUGGGUCGGUGGUGAAGGCCCAUCGCGUUGUUUUGGCCGCAGCUAGUCCCCUUUUGGCUAGUCUCCUUCGCAACCCCGCCCUGGACCACGUGGUCCACUUGUCAGGGGUGCGAAAAACCCAGCUCACCCACCUCCUCGAAUUCCUCUACAACGGAGAAGCCCUCAUCCCGUCGACGGAGCUCACGCCGCUCAGGGAAUUGUUCGAGCUUCUUCAGAUAAAGUCGGAGCUGUUCGAGCCCAAUCAACCGCAGACCUCCGCCAACUCCGACCCCGAGAGGAUACCGACCCCCCAACCCUCCGAGGGCCAGGAGAGCUCCAGCUACGAGUCGCAGUACGACGGCAGGCAGUCCAACAACCCCGCGGACUGCUGCUCGGUGCUCAUAAAGACGGAGGGUUGCGAGGAGGAGGCGGAGGUGGACGUGGAAGGCGUGGAGGAGGCGCUGCUGACCGAGGGGAACAGGGAGAGCAGCAUAGAGACGCCGAGGCGGAGGGACAGCUCGGACCCCGUGAAUCUGAGCUUGAACUCGGGCACCUCGACCACCAGCGAGAGCUCGCACGACGUCGUGGCCAGGCCGGAGAAACAACUGCUGGAGAGGCGGGAGUCGCUGGAGGAGGCGGAGGAGAGGAGGAGGCAGCUGGCCGCCCGGCUCGCGCUGGGCCUGGAGCCGGGCAAGCGGAAGCCCGAGGAGAUACCGAUCCCGCCCGCGGAGGCGUACAUCGUGACGCCCCACAGGAAGCGGAGGCCAGGCUUCCACAACGCGCCCGCACAGAACCCGGCCUUCGUCCCGUUCAACCCCGGAUUCGAGACCCCGAGGAGGCUGCAAGCGCCCCGUCCCCUCAGCGUCUCCACACCCCCCUACCUGGUACGUGUCACCAAGGCAGCUGUAGCUGUAGCCCGCCUCCCAGAGGCAGGCAAACAGAGGGAGAGAGAGAGAGGGACAGAGAUAAACGGGGGGGUUUUGGUUCGUUUGUUUGGUUUCCGGCAGCAGGACAGGUCGGUGACGCCGCCCGGUGGAUCGCACAGGCCGCCAAGCGCCGACCCGGCGGCCGCCGCGGGCCUCGAGCCGCCCUGGGGCUCCUGGGCCCUGCCCUCGACCAGGGCCCCGCCACCCCCGCCCACGGACGACCCGCCCAAGUCCACCCCGGUGCGCGAGUACAGGUGCAGCUACUGCGGCAAGCAGUUCGGCAUGUCGUGGAACUUGAAGACCCACCUCAGAGUGCACACCGGUGAGAAGCCGUUCGCGUGCAGGCUCUGCGUCGCCAUGUUCAAGCAGAAGGCCCACCUGCUCAAGCACCUCUGCUCGGUGCACAGGGGGGUGAUAGCGGCCCCGGACAACACCUUCACCUGUUGCUUCUGCUCCCUCAGCUUCGACAGCCUUCAAGAGCUCAUCAGGCACCUGUCCGGGCCCCACAACAACUUGCUCCUCAGCAAGAAUCUGCACGACUAGCCGCGUCGACCACCCCCGCCUUCACCAUCCCGAAUAUCUCGAGAAUCGAUCCGGGAGAAGGAAAAGUCGGGAGAGGAGCGGCGGAUUUCAGGGAGAAGCAGUGCCUUUCGGGUGAAUCCAACUUUUCCGUGAUCGACGAGAUACGAGAUAAUGAUGAUGAUAAUAACGUUGAUAACGAUGAUGAUGAUGAUAAUAAUAAUAAUAGUCCCCUCCUUCGCCAUAUUUUUUAACAUCUCCAGAGUAUUCGUUAUUAUUAUUAUAUCUCGUAAAAUUUUCGAAAAAUUUCAACUUUUCGCGAUUUCUUUUCUUUCUGUCGUCCGAAUAUCUCUUCCCUUUCUUCGAGAGAGAAAUAACGGCAAGAAGCGGCGGAACAGCCUUUCGCAAUUAAAAAAGGAAAAAGCGUUGCGUCGUUUUCGCGAACUAUUUCCAAGUUGUAUUCGAAAACUACGCAACGAACUCGCCAAUGAACGCUUGUUUAUUAUUAUUAUUAUUAUUAUUGUUAUUAUUGUUAUUAUCGUUGUUGUUGUUGUUAUUAUUAUAAGCGAUGACCAGUAACUCUGACCAAAUAACAUAUUUCCGGCGAUCGACGGAUUCGUGUAUCGGAAGUGUGUGUGUGUGUCGGACUAACGUUCAACGGUCUCCUCGCGUUAAGGAAACGUUAAGAGAGUCGAGAAAAGGGAAAAAAACGAGAAUAAAGUAGUGUAGAAAAAUAUAAGGAGAAGAUGGAGAAGGAUACAUAAAGAGAUACACGCAUAUAUAUAUAUAUAUUUAUAUAUAUAUUUAUAUAUAUAAAUAUAUAUGAAACGAAGAGAGGCGAGAGUCGAGCGUCAAUUACGACCGUUUAUCGCGGAUAAAAGAGCGCCGUAAUAAUUUAUCGAUCGGUCGAGCAAAGUAUACGUGCAUGCUUGAGAGUGUGUAUAUUCACGCUAAGUGAAUUCGACACGCGUCCUUCUCUCGUCGCGUCUUUACUUAUUCGAGCGAAGGAAUAGAGAGGGAGAGCUUUGUUAGAAAAAGAAACGCUUCCCGCUCGCGUCACGUGACACAACAGAGCCGCAGCAAAAAAAGAAGAAAGAGGAGGAGAAGAAGAAGAAGAAGAACCUCUCGUUUACCUCAGAUCGCGCGCAAAACAAUCUCACAAAUGUGUAAAUAAUAAUAACGUUUUACCGUUUUAUGUAGUAGGUAGUAGGAAACAAUGCGGACGGAUUUAAUUUAUUUUACACUUUGAAAAAAGGGACCAACUGAUUUUUCCACCGAUUUCUGUCUUAGGUAGAUUUUAGGUAUCCUGCCCUGUCAAUCGCCUCGAACAAAUUUUUGCUUUGCUGGAGAGCUGUGAAAGCCGGUAUAUUCGGAAGGGGAAAAGAGUAAAAAAAAAAGAGAGAAAAAAAAAGAAAAAAAAGAGGGGGAAAAAGAAAAAAAAGAAAAAAAUUGUCUAAUCAUAAACAACGCGGAUAAAAAAGGAUACGAUCGGGCUGUUCUCCUUUCGUCCCGCGAAGAGGAGGAACAUUUAUCGGGCGAUUUUAAGAUGGAAGAAACGACAAUAAUUGUUGUUGUUGUUGUUGUUGUUGUUGUUAUUAUUAUUUUUUUUCAAAUUGUUGUCCAGAGAGAGAGAGCGAGAGCGAGAGCGAGAGAGAGAGAGAGAGAGAGAGCGAGAGCGAGAGAGAGAGAGAGAGAGAGAGACGUUGAAGAAACGUUGCCCAAUGUUCUUCCACGUGAUUCAACAAUCCUCGUCUUCCAAUCGAUCGUGAACAACAACCCUUCCUCCCUUUUUAUCCUUAUCCCAUCUUGCGUUCUUUAUCCAUCCACGCGAAACGUUUGUUUGGUAUCUCAGCGACUCGAGUGCCUUGUCAAAAUGGGUCCAAAAAUUGGUCGAUUGGGCAGUGAUUUCAUGUGUUCAUAGGCUUAAGAUUACGCGUAAGAUGAUGACGAAAUACACGAGCUCGCUUAGGAAUUGAAAACGAAAAAAAGCGUUAAUUAAUUAAUUUUCACGUAGAGAAGAAAUGUUUUUAAUUAUCACUCGAAUUAAUAAUCCAAGUUUCGUUAGGAUUCUCUUAGAUAGAUUGUUUUUUUUUUUUUUUUAAGUAGUAGGCUUUUGUUUCUCUAAUUUCUUUUUUUUUUUUGUUGGCGCAGGACGUCAUGAGUUUUUUUUUUUUUUUUUGUAGAUAGGUAUUUACUACCUAAGGUGCCUUGAAGAAGGGCCUCGACCUCUCUUUAGCUCCUUGGCCAUACGAAAAUCUCGGGGACGAGAUGGGACGAGCGGUCUCGGACAAACAAAUUAUCCUGAAAAUUGGAAAAUCGAAAUUUUCCCGCGCGAAACAUUCCAUCAUCUCGUGAAAAAUAUUGAUUUUGCGAUAAAAAUCACCUAUCGAAGAAGGAAAUUUCUUUGAAGCGUGUCCGCUUCCUUUUUAAGGAUCUUCCGUGAAUAACGAAUAAAAUCAUCUCAUUCCAAUUCACAAUGUUCCACAGUGCUCGCAAAAACAUUGUAUCCCGAGAUCGCUCGUUCCAUUUUCGCCUUUGGCGCGUAUACGCGGCAUAUACGCGGCGUAUAUGGAAGUGAGAAAAAGAAAAAAAAAAGAAAAGAAAAGAAAAAAAAAAAAGAAAAGAAAAGAAAAGAAAAAAAAUGAAAAAGAAAAAGGAACGUAAGAAGAGGUUAGAGGGGUGGUGUGCGCUCUCAUUUAAGCCAGGCAAAAAUGGCCAGCACAAAACAGUGAACGCAAUGUGAUACUAAAUGAUAAUAAACAUAAAUGAUAAUUAUUGUUUAGCGUGCAAACGCGCUUCGGCGAAACUCGCAGGCUCGUGGCUCUUUCAAACAAAAAAGGAGAAGAGAUAAGAAAAUAUAUACACAUAUGUAUAUAUAUAUAUAUAUGUGUGUAUAUAUAUAUAUGUAUAUAUAUCUUUUGAACGCGAGAGGAAAGAAGAAGUUAAAUAGACAUUCGAUCUUUUUUUUUCUGCGAGCCGCCUAAUUAAUUUUUUCUAGUAACUAACUUUUCGUCGUUUCUCUUUCCAACCCUCUCUCCUCCCUUCAAACCCCUUCGUCCAACCCCCCUUGUCCCCUCUUCUCGAUACAUAAGCGCACUAGGUUUACGUAUAUAGAUUAUUUUACCGUUAAUUAGUUACGUUUAUUGUGUAUACACACACACACACACACAUACAUACAUACACAAAUACAUACAGAGGACACGUACACACAUACACACAAAUACAUACGCGUACACUCGCGGCCAGAUGCCCUAAGAAAAUACGAAAUAAUUAAUUAUUGUGGGAGAUAAAUCAUCCUCGAUCUUUUUUUUUCCAAUUUCGAUUUUAUAUAAAAAAAAAAAAAAAAGAGAAAAUUUUUUUAAAAUUUAUUCGAUGAUAAUUUUCAGACGAGGUCGAGAUAAUCGAUCGAAGUUAAAAUGUUUAAGAAUUAAUUUUUCGAGACGAAAUGGAAAUUUACGAAAAGUUUUUUAGCAGCUUUGUCGGAACGAGAUAAUAAAAAGUAUCGCGUCGAUUUUUUUCGAAUUUUCUCGAUCGUUCGUUCUUCGGGUAUCUGGCCAGAGCGUUCCCAAGUAGAAUUUAAGCAUCUUCCGAGCGGAGAAAAACGUUUCUCCGCGUGCUUUCUUAGUGUUCAUAGAUUUACAAGAAAUAAAUUAAUUGAGAUGAGAAAAGAAGAUAAAGAAGCGAGCGAAAACAA